AAAACAAAGAAAAGACAUGAAUGUGCAUUGCUUAUGGAUCAUAAUGAAUUAGGUGAAACUUUAUCUGAUGUUAAUAAGGUAAUAAAAUCUGAAUAUGCAAGUCCAGAAAUUAGUGAUGAAGAAAAUGAUGUUGACGUAUUUUACAUUGUUCAAAUUUCUUGGAAGAAUCAAAGACUUUGUGAAUUAAUUCAAAAACUUGAUUGA